UCUCUCCCUACAAUCACAAUCAAUCAUAAAUGUUUGCAUGCUCUCUCUCUCCCCCUAUCCCGCGCGCAAAUUACCGACUACACGUUAUCCUCCAUGAGAGCCUCUCUCUCUCUUCCACACUUUUCGCUCCUUUUUUCUCCAUCCUCUCCACCUUCCUCGAUCAAUGCAUUUCCUGUAAAGAUCACCAACAUCGCCUCCCUGGCGCAUUUUAAUUUUGGCAUUUUCGCACGGAUAUGAUCAAUGCGAUCAAUGCCAAUUGCUCCUAAUUUUUACAAUUAGGGCUUCAGCUUGGGGUUCCAGGGAUGUAAAUGUAGCCUGGAGGAAAAAAAAUAUAUUACUAUCGUUAUUUUUGUUGGUGUUGCAUUUGGUCGGGGCGAUUUAGCGCCAGCGACGUUUGAAAUUCGGGGUUUAGGUUGAAAUUGAACAGAUAUUGGAGCUGGUUUUUUAUCAGGAGCUACUUAAUCGACGUUGCCAUGGAUCAUGUUGUGGGUGGAAAGUUUAAGCUUGGGAGGAAAAUUGGGUGUGGUUCAUUUGGUGAACUCUAUUUAGGUGUGAACAUACAGACUGGGGAAGAAGUAGCUGUCAAGCUGGAAUCUGUUAGGACCAAACACCCUCAACUUCACUACGAGUCAAAAAUUUAUAUGAUUCUACAGGGAGGAACUGGCGUACCCAACUUGAAAUGGUUUGGAGUUGAGAAUGAGUAUAAUAUCAUGGUCAUAGACCUUCUGGGACCGAGUUUGGAGGAUCUCUUCAACUAUUGUAACCGGAAAUUCUCCUUAAAAACAUGUUUAAUGCUUGCAGAUCAAUUAAUUAAUAGAGUGGAAUACACACAUUCAAAGGGAUUUCUUCACCGUGAUCUUAAGCCUGAUAAUUAUUUAAUGGGCUUGGGGCGCAAAGCAAACCAGGUUUACAUAAUAGACUUUGGUCUUGCUAAGAAAUAUAGGGAUCUCCAAACUCAUAGGCACAUACCCUAUAGGGAAAACAAGAAUCUCAUCGGAACUGCUCGCUAUGCCAGUGUUAAUACACACCUAGGGGUUGAACAAAGCCGAAGAGAUGAUUUAGAAUCUAUUGGUUAUAUCCUGAUGUACUUUCUGAGAGGAAGCCUACCCUGGCAAGGACUUAAAGCUGGUACCAAAAAGCAAAAAUAUGACAGAAUCAGUGAGAAGAAAAUGUUGACUCCCAUAGAGGGACUAUGCAAGUCAUAUCCAUCAGAGUUUGUUUCAUAUUUUCACUAUUGCCGCGCGUUAAGAUUUGAAGACAAACCAGAUUAUUCUUACUUGAAGAAGCUCUUUCGAGAUUUAUUUAUUCGUGAAGGAUACCAGUUUGACUAUGUGUUCGAUUGGACCGUAUUGAAGUAUCCUCAGAUUGGUUCUAGCUCCAAAGCAAGGAAUCCGUCUGCCAAUGCCAUUCCUGGAACCUCUGGUGAAAAGCCAAGAAGAACAUCAGUUGGGCAAGAUAUGAAAGACAGAUUCUCGGGUGCCAUUGAAGCUUUUGCUAGGAGAAAUACUUCAGCUGGUCGUCUUGGUGAACCUUCAAGACACAGAACACUAGAAGAUGUUCAUUUAUCCAGGGAUAUGCAACUUGAUAUAGAAAGAGGGCGUGCUGCACGAAACGUGAGCUCUACAAGGAGAGCAGCAGUCAUUUCAAGCAGCAGACAGAGCUCAUCGCUUGAGGCUACUGAUGGGCGGUCUAGCAAAUUGGUAUCAAGCAAUGGUCGUCUAUCCAGUACAACGACACACAAAUUUUUGCCCAGCAUUGAGCCGAAGCCAUCAGCUUUUUCGCGUGGUGCAACGACAGGCACCGGCUCUCGUGAUGACCUACGAAGCUUUGAGUUCCUCUCAUCAAGGAAAUAGCUAACUGAAUGAUGUUUUUCAUGUCAUCCAUCUCUUUUAAGGAAAGAUCUUCGCUCCAUCCCAUUCUUGUAAAUGUGCCCUCACCUAAUCUUCUUUUGCCGGUAUUUACUCUCCAUGACCUUUUUUUUUCCUUCUUUUUCAUAUUUCGAGUUGUCUGUUGUAGUGCAUUAUAUGCUCAUCCAAGGAAUUGAUGGGUGGGAAUUUUUCAUUUUUCUAGAGAAAAUAGCUGUAUUAACUUCGUUCAUUGAUUGGUAUGGAUAUAUUUAUUUACCAAAUUAGUAAAUAAACGUCAUCUAGCUAGUGGUGUCUCCUUCAAGUA